CUCAGUUUAGGACAGCCUGAUGGCUGCGGUGUUUCUGGUUACGCUGUAUGAGUAUUCGCCGCUUUUCUACAUCGCGGUGGUCUUUACCUGCUUCAUCGUGACCACCGGCCUGGUAUUGGGAUGGUUUGGUUGGGAUGUUCCAGUAAUUCUGAGAAAUUCAGAAGAGACCCAGUUCAACACAAGAGUUUUCAAAAAGCAAAUGAGACAAGUCAAGAAUCCUUUUGGCUUAGAGAUCACUAAUCCAUCUUCAGCUUCGAUUUCAACUGGCAUAACUUUGACAACAGAUUGCCUAGAAGAUAGCCUCCUUACAUGCUAUUGGGGGUGCAGCGUUCAAAAAUUAUAUGAAGCUCUGCAAAAGCACUUUUAUUGCUUCCGAAUAAGCACUCCCCAAGCACUGGAAGAUGCUCUGUAUAGUGAAUAUCUCUAUCAAGAACAGUAUUUUAUUAAAAAGGACAGCAAAGAAGAAAUAUAUUGCCAGUUACCAAGAGAUACUAAAAUCGAAGACUUUGGUACAGUACCCAGAUCUCGCUAUCCAUUGGUAGCACUUUUGACUCUAGCUGAUGAGGAUGACCGAGAAAUUUAUGAUAUUAUUUCCAUGGUGUCAGUAAUUCAUAUUCCGGAUAAGACUUAUAAACUUUCCUGUAGAAUAUUGUAUCAAUAUUUACUCCUGGCUCAAGGUCAAUUUCAUGAUCUUAAGCAACUUUUCAUGUCUGCAAAUAAUAAUUCCACUCCCUCCAGCAAUCCCUCCCCAGAAGAAAAAAGCAUAGACCAAAGUUUGCUGGAAAAGGCUGGGCUGUCUGAAAGUGAAGUGGAGCCUCCUGAAGAGAACAGCAAGGACUGUGUUGUUUGCCAGAACGGGAGUGUGAACUGGGUGCUCCUGCCAUGUAGACACACGUGCUUGUGUGAUGGCUGUGUUAGGUAUUUUCAGCAGUGCCCAAUGUGCAGGCAAUUUGUUCAGGAAUCUUUUACGCUUUGCAGUCAAAAGGAGCAAGAGAAAGACAAACAGAAAGCUCUUUGAGGGAGUCAUUACGCCUGAAAAGUAUACUUUCCACUGAAGAUGUAGAAAUUUGUGUUCCUGGAAUUAAUCACAACAUGGAAUCUACAGUGUUGUCCAUCAAUGAAAAUCCUGUUUUAAACUUCGCAUUUGUAUGGUACAUUGAUGAUGAAAAUUAAUUCGUUCUUGUUCAGUAUGAUAAAUACUAGAAUACCAUCUGUGUUAAUAUAAAAAUUCAUUCAACCCUUGAGAAGAAUGUAAAUGUUUGGCCUUUUAUCAGGUAGAGGAUUUCAUAGAAUGUUGAUUAGGAAAAGUCUGAAAAGCAGUCCAUCUAAAGUUUGAGGAGGGAAAAGUCAAGAUUUCUGAAUGUUUUGCCUUUGACAUCAUCUAGAGUGCAAUUGGGGAAAAAAAACUGAAUUCUUCCUAAAUUGCAUGCUCCCCAGUUUAUAAAGAAGUUGGAAAGAGAUUCUAGAUCUUUUCCUAAAAUAACAGGUUUUAUAAAUAUCCAUCUAAUUUUCCUUUUAGUCACCUAAACACAAGUCUUAAUUUUAAUAUAACUUUUUAAAUCAUAAAUGCAAGAUACAAUUCUUGUCUUCUCUCAGUGUAUCAUAGAUUAAAAUGAUACUCAUCUAUAGGAAGCAGAUAUAUAAAACUUGGAUAAUAAAAUUUCUUGGAUAAUUAAAUUUAUUGUCAAAUAUGAUUAGGUUAGCGGAAUGUGACCUAUCAGGGAAGAUCUGUGAGACUCGGGAUGCCUUACCUUAGAUUUCCUCCUGCAUAACAAAUCCAUCUAAAAUUGGAGAGCUUUUAGAGCCAGAAAAACUGCUAAGAGAAACAACUAUAUUUUUCUACUAGUUUUGUUCCAAAUAAACCCAUAUCCUCCAGAAUAGUAACUGAUAGCCAAAAAGCCCCAUCACCAUGCUUUCUAAGAUGACCGAGAAGAAAAAGGUAGAUCAGAGCUUUCUAUGUCUUCAGGGAAAAUUACCUUCAACUCACCAAGAAAUUAGAUCAUGGCAAAUAAACUGAACUUCAGGGAAA